AUGAUCCAGGAGGUGGAGGUCUCUGUUUUCUCGCAGGGUGCAAAGGGGUUGAUGGAAUCGCGACCCUGGAGCCGACUCAGGCGAUCACCGCCGCCGGAUGGAUCCGACCUCAUCAGCGUCCUUCCUGACGAGAUGCUUCGCCUGAUCAUCGCGCGCAUAGGCUGCGUCCGCGCUACCGUCAGGUCCGGCCUCCUGUCGCGCCGGUGGCGCGGCCUCUGGAUCGGCGUCGGUCACACCAAUCUCAUGCUGCGGGAUUUUACGCCCGCCAUGACCGAAGCUCUUCUCGCCCGCUUCGCCGCAUCAUCAGCGCUGUCCACCAUCGACAUCCGCCUUUCGAAUAGUAUAACCUCGUCGGACCCAGUCAGACAAGUCAACUCGUUGCUGCGGACCGCCGCUCUGUUGUCGCCGACGGAGCUAGCCUUCACCCUCACGGAAAAUUUCGUGAACUACGCGGUCUCUCCCUUGGACAUCGAGCUUCCUUGUUUCAACCGCGCCACCUCGAUUGAGCUGGACACUGGGUCCCGUCGCAUGAGGCCGGCGGCGCCGGCGGGCGAGUUCACCCAGCUCCAGAGCCUGUCCCUCAGGGGAAAAUUCGUCGACCUUGGUGCCAUGCUGGACCGCUGUCCGCGCCUGCGCACCAUCAACCUCGCCUUCCGCAGCGUCGCGCCAGAUUCAGUCGAAGCGACACUCGCCUCGCUCGACGCGGCAGCGCCCGGCGCCUCUGUGUGCCUCCUUGACAUCUGCAUCCAUCAAGGACAUCAUAUCGAUGCCGCUCGUUUCGCCUCGUUGCUCCGCACCCUGACGAGGGUCUCACCGCAGGAGCUGGUCUUAACGAGACCUGCUCCUGACUUCACUCACCGACGAAUCCAUCAUGACAUGACCAUGAUUGAUGCCCAGCUGCCCUGCUUCAACCGUGCCACAUCGAUCAACAUGUCCUUGCACAAGAUAUGCUUCACGCAACUGCCGGCCGGCGAGUUCAUGGCGCUAGAGAUGUUGUCCCUCUCCGGAAACAUAAUCACGGACCUUGCCACAUUGCUCAACCGCUGCCCACGCCUACGCGAGCUCACGCUCGUCUGUAGUGAGUCUACAAGCAACAUCAGAAUCCACUCGAUGACGCUGCAGAAGCUCAAUGUCUACAGGGUCAGGGAAUGCCAGAGCAUCGACAUCGUGACUCCGGUGCUUCAGCAACUGAUGCUCGAGGUGCACGCCGACACAAAAUUGAGCAUCGACAUCGUGACUCCGGUGCUUCAGCAACUGAUGCUCGAGGUGCACGCCGACACAAAAUUGAGCGUCUCCAUCUCAGCGCCAAUGGUGCAGAAUGUCAUGUGGGAGCGCUCGUACAUAGGGUUGCCUUCUGUGUUUGGUUUUUGGAGCAUUCCGUACAUGAGCUUAAAGACGGUUCAUCAGCAAUCACGCGAUCCUCUAGGUGCGGAGCUGGACUUUGCAAUAGAGAUGGAGAAAAUUCUAGUUACUGAAUUCUCUAUGUUGGAGUUACAUCUCGGAGCGACGAACCAUAUUUCUGGAGGACUUGUGUCGCGACUCCUUGGGAUGCACCGCAUCCAAGCUGCUACCCAAAGGUUUAAGGUCAUUCUAGAGCAUCCCUCCAAGAAUGCCGAGGUUGUCCAUGUGACGAACCCAAGAACUGGAGCAGCCAAUGUCUAUUCUUGCCUCGUCUCGAAGAAGUAG